GUGGCUGGCCUGGUCGAGGCGGAGUCGCCACAACGCCAGCCUCCGUCUCCGCCCCCGCGCCUCCCGGCCGAGCCAUACUGGCUGGCUCGCUUUCCAGUUACACUUUUCUUUCUUUCUUUCUUCCUUUUUUUUUUGAAAAGUCCCCACCUCCUCCCGCCCUUCCCCAUCCUGGGUAUUUGAGAAGCCUGCUUACCAGGCAGCUGCAGGCCAGGCGGCCCGCCUCUCCGCAGCAGAGCCGACUUCUAGCGACUUCUGGAACCCGGAGCGUGGAAGAGAUGCGCAGCAGGAGCAAUUCCGGGGUCCGCUUGGAUGGGUACGCGCGGCUGGUGCAGCAGACCAUCCUGUGCUACCAGAACCCUGUCACGGGGCUGCUGUCUGCCAGCCACGAGCAGAAGGAUGCCUGGGUGCGAGACAACAUCUACAGCAUCCUGGCCGUGUGGGGCCUGGGCAUGGCCUACCGGAAGAAUGCCGAUCGGGAUGAGGACAAGGCCAAGGCCUACGAGUUGGAACAGAAUGUGGUGAAGCUGAUGCGAGGUCUGCUGCAGUGCAUGAUGAGGCAGGUGGACAAAGUGGAGAAAUUCAAGCACACUCAGAGUACCAAGGACAGCCUGCAUGCCAAGUACAACAGCGCCACCUGCAGCACUGUGGUGGGCGAUGACCAAUGGGGCCACCUGCAGGUGGAUGCCACCUCGCUCUUUCUCCUGUUCCUGGCCCAGAUGACUGCCUCAGGUUUGCGUAUCAUUUUCACUCUUGAUGAAGUGGCCUUUAUACAGAAUCUCGUUUUUUACAUCGAGGCUGCAUACAAAGUCGCUGAUUACGGCAUGUGGGAGCGCGGAGACAAGACUAAUCAAGGCAUUCCGGAACUGAACGCCAGCUCUGUAGGAAUGGCUAAGGCAGCGCUGGAGGCAAUUGACGAACUGGACCUUUUUGGAGCCCAUGGAGGGCGCAAGUCAGUGAUCCAUGUCCUGCCUGAUGAGGUGCAGCACUGCCAGUCGAUUCUGUUCUCCAUGCUGCCCAGAGCAUCAACGUCCAAGGAGAUUGAUGCCGGACUUCUUUCCAUUAUCUCUUUCCCGGCCUUUGCAGUUGAAGAUGUGAACCUGGUGAAUGUGACCAAAAAUGAAAUUAUUUCCAAGCUGCAGGGACGUUAUGGAUGCUGCCGCUUCCUUCGAGAUGGCUAUAAGACUCCGAGAGAGGACCCAAACCGACUGCAUUAUGACCCUGCUGAACUCAAGCUUUUCGAAAACAUUGAAUGUGAGUGGCCUGUGUUCUGGACAUACUUCAUAAUAGAUGGAAUCUUCAGUGGUGAUGCUGUCCAGGUCCAAGAAUACCAGGAGGCCCUAGAAGGAAUAUUAAUCAGAGGCAAAGAUGGGAUCCGCCUGGUGCCAGAACUCUACGCCAUCCCACCUAACAAGGUGGAUGAAGAGUACAAGAAUCCUCACACGGUGGACAGAGUUCCUCUGGGGAAGCUACCCCAUCUGUGGGGCCAGUCCUUGUACAUCCUCAGCUCGUUGUUGGCCGAGGGAUUCCUUGCCACUGGUGAAAUCGAUCCCUUAAAUAGAAGAUUUUCCACCUCCAUCAAACCUGAUGUUGUAGUGCAAGUCACGGUUCUGGCGGAGAACAGUCACAUUAAGGAGCUGCUGAGCAAACACGGGCUGAACGUCCAGAGCAUAGCUGACAUCUACCCGAUCCGAGUCCAGCCGGGCCGCAUUCUCAGUCAUAUAUACGCCAAACUCGGACGGAAUAAGAAUAUGAAAUUGAGUGGGCGACCGUAUCGGCACAUUGGUGUCCUGGGAACGUCUAAAUUAUAUGUGAUUAGGAACCAGAUCUUCACUUUCACACCCCAGUUCACCGACCAGCAUCACUUCUACCUGGCCCUGGACAAUGAGAUGAUGGUAGAGAUGCUGAGGAUCGAGCUGGCUUACCUGUGCACCUGCUGGCGGAUGACAGGCCGACCCACGCUUACCUUCCCCAUCACUCACACCAUGCUCACAAAUGAUGGCUCAGACAUUCACCCUGCAGUUCUCUCUACAAUUCGAAAACUGGAGGAUGGAUAUUUCGGAGGAGCUAGAGUCCAGUUAGGGAACCUUGCGGAAUUUCUCACCACAUCGUUCUACACGUACCUGACCUUCCUGGAUCCAGACUGUGAUGCGAAGCUGUUUGAUGGUGCCAGCCAAGGGAGCGUCAGUCCCAAUAGCGAGUCAGAGUUGGGAGGAUAUUUAGAAGACACUGAUAAUCAAGAAAACCAAGAUGAACUUGACAAGUAUAUCAACCACCUUCUGCAAAGCACUUACUCCCAAUGCCACCUGCCACCUCUGAGUAAGAAGAUGGAGGACCACAAUAUUUUCAGUGCCAUCCACUCCACUCGGGACAUACUUUCCAUGAUGGCAAAAGCAAAGGGUUUGGAAAUUCCAUUUGUUCCCAUGGCUUUGCCAACUAAAGCGCUCAGUACCCACCGCAAGUCACUGAAUCUUGUUGACUCUCCUCAGCCACUCCUUAAAAAGGAGCCUGAAGGUGACUUCCAGUGGCCCGGAGAUGACCAAGGUGGCAUGGACUGUGAGAAGCUGCUUGAGCAGUUGAAGGAUUGCUGCAGCCUACAGGACCAAGCAGACAUCCUGUACAUUCUGUAUGUCAUCAAGGGUCCCAGCUGGGACACAGCCCUCUCUGGACAGCACGGGGUCACUGUCCACAGCCUGCUCAGCGAGCUCUACGGGAAAGCUGGCUUGAACCAGGAGUGGGGGCUGAUCCGCUACAUCUCAGGCCUGCUCAGGAAGAAAGUGGAGGUCCUGGCCGAGGCUUGUGCAGACCUGCUCUCCCACCAGAAGCAGCUCACGGUGGGCCUGCCUCCAGAGCCCCGGGAGAAGACCAUCUCCGCGCCUCUACCCCCGGAGGAGCUCACACAGCUCAUCUAUGAGGCCAGUGGGGAGGACAUCAGCAUCGCGGUGCUCACCCAGGAGAUCAUGGUUUACCUGGCCAUGUACGUCAGGGCCCAGCCCAGCCUCUUCGUGGAGAUGCUCCGACUGCGGAUCGGACUCAUCAUCCAGGUCAUGGCCACCGAGCUGGCCAGGAGCCUCAACUGCUCAGGGGAAGAAGCUUCUGAAAGUCUGAUGAACCUCAGCCCUUUCGACAUGAAGAACCUGCUGCAUCACAUCCUUAGUGGCAAAGAGUUUGGCGUCGAGCGAAGCAUGCGCCCCAUCCACUCCUCCGCAUCCAGCCCUGCCAUCUCCAUUCACGAGGUGGGACAUACUGGAGUCACCAAAACCGAGAGGAGCGGCAUUCCCAGGCUGAGGAGUGAGAUGAAACAGAUGACUAGGCGAUUGAGCGCUGAUGACCAGCGGUCCAGCACCCCGUCCUCGCCCACGGGCACAUCCUCCUCUGACUCAGGAGGCCAUCACAUCAGCUGGGGGGAGCGGCAGGGCCAGUGGCUGCGCCGGAGGCGUCUGGAUGGAGCCAUCAACAGAGUCCCCGUGGGCUUCUACCAGAGAGUGUGGAAGAUCCUUCAGAAGUGCCACGGUCUCUCCAUCGACGGUUAUGUCCUCCCGUCCUCGACGACUCGAGAGAUGACCCCACACGAGAUCAAGUUUGCUGUCCAUGUGGAGUCAGUGCUGAACCGCGUUCCCCAGCCCGAGUACCGGCAACUGCUGGUGGAAGCCAUCAUGGUGCUGACACUGCUCUCGGACACAGAGAUGGAGAGCAUUGGGGGCAUCAUCCAUGUGGACCAGAUCGUGCAGAUGGCCAAUCAGCUGUUCCUACAGGAGCAGAUGACCAUGGGAGCCACAGACACUCUGGAAAAAGACCAAGGCACGGGGAUCUACCACCUCUUCUACGACAGUGCCCCGAGCGGGGCUUACGGCACCAUGACCUACCUAACCAAGGCUGUGGCUUCUCACCUGCAGGAGCUGCUGCCCAGCUCAGGCUGCCAGAUGCAGUAAGCCCUCACUUGCAGGCGUCACCACCCUCAGCACCUGUCACUCAUCCCCCAAGACCCCCACACCAGCACAAAAGCAGCCCCCUCAAACAAUCGCUGGGGGCCAUGGCAACCCUCUCUACCUAAAACUAAUGAGAGCCGAGGAAUCCUGAGCUCCCCCCCCCUCCCCCACAGCCCCUACUUCCCGCUCCCAAUAAGCACCCUGGGAUCAUUUCAUGGCAACAUUUGUCAUAGCAUCUGGGCUCCCGGACUCCGAGGAGGACUUGGCAAUUGACUAACUGAGAGCUACAGAAACAGGCUCUGAGCUAGUGACAUCUUGAAGACGGAGAGAUGCUCCCAGAGCAAGAGUAGACGAGCAGACCUCGAUCGAAGGAACGUCUUCCCAGGAUGGGGUCUGUGGACCACAAUGGCUACCAUUUCCUGGGCCUCUCAUCCCACUGCUGUGGCUGCUUUAUGCAAUAGACUUCUCUUUUAUCAAGAUUUACAUGACUAUUUCCAGUCCAUUUUAGGUCCUGAUCUUCAAAGACGUACAUUAUCCCUAGCCACUCGUGAAUUAGGGCUCCCUCCUGUGGUAGGAAGUCCCACAUCUUCUGUCUGGGGUGAAUGUGCCAGCAGCAGGCACCUGCUCCUGGGCUCUGGGUGAGCCAGCCAUAGGCAUGAGUCAGCAGAUGCCCUGGGAAUUAGUGGUGUUCCCGCAGAAAACAGUGCUUCCUCUUAAAGAAACAGGGGUCACCUGGGAGGGCGACCCCUUUUCAGGGAAGCCCUUGGCACCAUCAGGCCCUCAGGUCAGUGUGGUUGAAACCCUGCCAGGGGCUGGCCGUUCUCUUGGCAGGUGUCCUGUGGUAGCUGAGAUUGUUUACUAGGCAUUGUUGCCUCGGGGGAGUAGGCACCCAGCAUGGGAUGCGGUUCUGUGGAAAGAAUUAACUUUGAAGGCAAAUAGACAGCUGGGGGCUAAAGGAUCUUCUCCGG